AUGUCAGAGUACUUCAGGAAGCUUAUCAAGCGCGAUCCGCCCCCAGCAGCACUCAUUCGCUUUCGCUGCGCCAAGCUUCACCGAGUGUCAGAUGCGGCGGGAAAUUCGAAGGACAGCGAAUACAACACCAUCUAUGACGUUCUUAAGUCACGUGGGUGGAAAGAGACGGAUGUUGAUACAGAGUGGCACAUUUUCUGGACCGACAAAGAUUGGAUCCACUCAGCAUUCGACAAAAUGCACUUAGAUCCUCACCAGCAUGUAAAUCACUUCCUGAACCACUAUGAGCUCACACGCAAAGACUUGCUGGUCAAGAACAUGAAGAGGAUGAAGCGGCAGUGUGAGAAGGACGGCAGACAUGCCGAAGCUGCAAAGUACAACAUUUGCCCCAUCACCUUUGUGGUACCACAGGAAUACAGCAUGUUUGUGGAGGAGUUCAAGAAGUGGACGGGUUCCACCUGGAUCAUGAAGCCCAUUGGUCGUUCCCAGGGCUCGGGGAUCUUCUUGGUGAACAAGCUUGCUCAAACUCAGCAGUGGAAGCCAAGACAGGACUGGAAUCCUUCACAAUCCAAAACCGACAAAACCGAGGACGAUGAGGCAGCUGGCGUUGAAACAUACAUUGCGCAGAAAUAUGUCGAGUCGCCUCUCCUCAUUGGUGGCAAAAAGUUCGACAUGCGCCUCUAUGUUUGCGUCACAAGCUAUCAUCCACUCACGGUCUACAUGCACCGUGGUGGCUUUUGCCGUUUUUCCAUGUCCAGAUACUCCGCGGACAAAAGCAACCUCAAUGACCUGGGCUCUCACCUCACCAACGUGGCAGUCCAGAAGCAUAGUGGCAAGGCAGCUUACAAGCGAACCGGUGCGAAGUGGGACGUGAACAACCUCAAGUCGUAUCUCCUCACAACGGCAAGUGUGGACGUGGUAAACAAGCUUUUCAGUGACAUUGAAGAGAUUGUCAUCCAUUCGCUCCUCUCCGUUCAAAAGGUGAUGAUUAACGACAAGCACUGUUUCGAGAUGUAUGGCUAUGACAUCCUCAUUGAUGUCGACUACAAACCUUGGCUCCUUGAGGUGAAUGCAUCGCCAUCCUUGACAGCCAAUACUGUUGCCGACUAUGAGAUGAAAUAUGGCUUGCUGGAUGACCUUUUAACGCUUUUGGAUAUCGAAAAAUAUCUGACGGGCCAUGAGCUGCAAAUUGGCGGCUUCGACUUGUUGUACAAGGAUGGCCUUCGGUACUCUCCACCGGAGGGCUCUAUUUUUACCUCGUACUUGGGCUGCUACAACAACCGGCUGUCGCAACUGCAGAGGUUGGCGCAGACCAGAGCGUGGGAAUUGAGGAAAGAGUUGCCUUCGAGUUCACUCUUUGGUGAGCAGGAUGAGCCAGCCCGAAGCGAGCCGCGUCGUCAGAGUGCCCUCACUGAGAAUCUAAAUCCAGAAGAUAGCAGGCUGGAUCCCAGUUCCAAUCCCAAACGCCGCACGGUGCGCCCGUAUCCUCCGGCCAGAGACUCGAUCAACAGCCUCGACUCCGCAGGGCUCAUUGAAGCGCAGGAGCUUUUUGAGCAUUUGAGUCACUUGUGCUGCAGCUCGGCACCAGCGCUGGACCAUGCCCUGAAGCGAACCGCGAAUGAAGCGAACCCAGCGGUGCAACACUUCGGUCUGAAACUCUUGCAGAAAUGGAUCCAGUCUAAACGGUCUGAGAGACCAGUGGAAUGGACCUCGGUGAAGAGCUGGUUGCUGGAGCUACUGAUGAAAUCCUCAUGGUCGUCGCAUACUGAGCCUUUUGCUCGUCGCAAGUGCGCGGAGACCGUUGCAAGCAUGGCCAAGCUUGAUUGGCCUGGGGCAUGGCCGGAACUGACCGUGGCUCUUCUUGGACCUCAAACGGUCAGCUCAACCCUUGUUGGUCUCAGUGUUUGGGCACAUCUGGCCGAGUGUGUGGGGGAAGAUUCCAAAGAUCUCACAGCAGCUCGACGUCGUGACAUUUCGCAUGGGCUGACCUUGCAUUUCAAAGAGCCUCCAGAAGCACCAGCAUUUGUCGCCAGCUUGCAGAAGGCCUUGCACGCGUUCGGGGGAGAUCGCAGGGUGGUCCGAGAGGUCAUCCAGCUUUGUCGAGCAUUGCCGCACGCGGUCCCGAUGAAACUGCUGUUGGCAAACCACUUUGACAAGAUUGUGCAGGUGGGUUUGCAAUCUUCUGACCUCAGUGAGUUCGCAUUAACAUCAUUGGCCGAAUGGGUGCAACACUUACACCCCAGUCGUGGGAACAAAGAAGCUGCAAGUGCUGGCCCAGCCACACACGAUAUGUGUCGAUUUACAGAGAUGGUUGCCAGACUGGUGGAGAACUGCAAGUUUGAUGUUGAUGACCCUCAGAGCUAUAGCUCUCAUCAGCAAAUUGGGAGGCUUCUUUCUGACCUUUGUACCUUCAAUGCAGCCAGUCUUUCAGCAAUGCCAUCCAAAGAGCUAUCAGGAAUCUGGGAGGCUCUCAUGCAGCUGCUUCGCUAUCCAGCCGCUGCGGUGCAGCUUGAUGCCUUGACCGGUCUGGUGGCCUUGGCUCGACCAAGUCGUACUGAGGCACAGCCAUGGCCUACGGCAACAGCUGCGACCUGGGUGUCAGGGCCACGGUUGGAAGAACUUAUCGGCGUCCUGCAUGUGCUGACUUUGAAGAACACCACCAGUGUGAACUCUGCCGACCAAGUCCUUCACAAAGUUCUGGAGGCUUUGGUGCAAUUUGCCGGUUGGCGGGCGGGCUUCUUGCCCGAGCAUUGGCAGGGGAUGCUGAAAACAUGGCAGGCCCAACUGUUUGGAGGGCCGCUUCAAAUCACAGGAGACAGCGACGCCAGAGGUGGGAUCGAAUGGGUCGCAGAGUGCGACAGCGCGAUGUCUUUGGUGGAAAGUGCAGCACUGGCGGCUUUGAAAUCUGCUGAGAAAGAAGGAUCCAAAGAGAUGCUGGAAGCAGUGUUGCAACCAUUGCAGGUGUUUUUGCAGCAGGUUUAUGUGCAACGUGGUUUCAAUCCAGCAAUGGAGUAUCGGAGGCUCGAGUUCUUGUCAGCUUGUAGCCCCUUUUACAAGCUCUGGAGUGAGGAGGUGCUUCGUGAUGCACUAGCUCGGGUGUUAGCACCCAUCCGGCUCGAGCCAUCCCUUCGUGAUGCACGAGCGAAAGGAAUUAAGCUGGAACAGCGGGCAUUAGACACACUGGUGAGCAUCAGCAAAAGCGGAGUCCUCAAGGCCGCUCACUUAGAAGCUCUGAAUGCAGAAUGUCUUGAUCUCGCAGCCAAGGUGUCUUCCGCAGCGGGACGGAGUAAGCUCACGGAAGCCUUGACACUAGCGGUGGCAUCUUGCUCCGAGCUGGACAGACCCCGAAAAGUUCAACUCAUCGAAGGCAUUUUGGAACAGGUCACCACUGCCUGGCGCUCCUCAGAGUUGGUGCAAUCCGCCUCUGCUCAGGCGCUUCUUGAUGUCGUAGCAUCAGCAGCAAGUUCGUCACCUGCUAUUCUCGGUGUAGAGGAAGACCUUGGCGGACUGGGAAAGCUGAAGGAUAUCAAGACCAUGCUUUCAACCUUUUCUGGUGCUGUCUCGCGCGCAAGCACGGAAGCAUUGGAGCCACACUUGGCAGAUGGCAUCAUCGCAGAUUGGGCACCUGGCAUUUUUCAGCUUUUGCAGGCGCUCUGUCACUUGUACGUUUUUGCAGCUGGCACCUCAGACCACACUGUGCGGAUCUUGGUGUUGACCCCAUGCCGCACAGAGAUUGACGCAAUGACCGGGCGCGCUAUGAGCCCAGAAGAAGAGGAGGACUUGGCCAAGGAGUUUUCGGGUGGAUUGGAUCCCAGAUGGGCUGCUUCCAUCCGUGUCAACCUCUACGAGCUCCGUUCUCAUGUCGCCAAAGCCGCACGGGCCUGCAUGGCAUCCGGACGCUUUUGGGAUGGCGAAGGGUCGGCGAAAGCGUCCGAGUGGUUGCAGAACACGGCCAAGCUCCUACCAGCACUGAGGCCCCACGUGGCCGAGCUACUGCUCAAGGAGAUCUUUCAGCCGCUGGUGCGAGUCCCUCCGAUGCUGAACGAUCCUCGAAUCGCCAGUGUCAGCAAGACCUUCAUCCCAACCUUGUGCGUGGCCAUCUCGGCCUUGCUGAAGGAAUUCUGGGGCUUGGAGCACUCAGUGCGAAAAACGACCACUCGAGCAGUGCCCGAUGCAGUACCCGAUCCCCUUCCGCGCUUCAGCAAACUCGAGCCAUCUCAUGCGGCAUCUGUAAUCUCAUUUACUCGAACCUCAUGCUACUUGAUGAGCGCCUUUGUUGGGACGGACUUGCCGCUGUCGAGCCAACUAGAGGAUCCAGCACAGAAGUUCUUACAAAAGCGACCUGCACCAGUAGCUGCCACACCUUCACGGAAAAGACAAAAGAACCGAAACAAGAAUCGGUUCUCCGCUUUGGAGGAAGAUGUUGGAGAAGAGAAGAACGAACAAAAUGCCAUGCAAACAGAGCCUGCCACGGUGGCCAGACGGCCAGCGCUGGUUUCGGUCAUACUGCGGGAUCAACAGCUUCGUGAAGGUCUUCGAUGCUUUCUGGCAGAUCUUCUGCUGAUCCCUGAUCCGGACACAGUCACACGGGCCUUGGUUGGCCUUUCAACAUUUUCAGCACAGCUCUGGAAUAUGAUCGUUCACGGCGAGGAUGUGAGUGAUGACUUGUCCACACUUUCACUUGGACGCGAAAGCACUCGCACUCCUGAAGUUGGCGAGAUUUUGCACACUGCCAGUGAUGUGUUACGAGCUGUGCCUCAAGGGGUCCUGGCUCCAGUGUCUCGUUUGGUGGCGAGACCCGUCUCGGAGCAGAUCUCCCAGAAGUUGACCGAAAGUCUGUUGGAAGGCAUCAUCCGCCAUCCUUGGAACAGUUUUGCAGCUGCAACCUGGAUAGAUGCGAAAAGAUGUCCAUCUACACUGGUUUGUGAGUGCACAUUUCCAACCUUCACCUCGUUGAUGGUCUUGGUGCGGCUCUUUAAGCUCCAGUGCCGAAAGCUGGAGUUGUCUGCAGAAGCUGCACAGUUGUACCUUUGCCCUUCCUUGGUUGAAGCCCUCCGCAUCAUCGCGGAGUUGCCCAACACCAGCCAGGAUGAUGUAGACAUGCUUUUGACCACAAUGCUCGAUGAAGGGAAGGCAGGGGAUGAGGGGAAGGCAAUCGCGGUCUGGGGAGAUCUGAGAUUUGGCGGUCUGUUGAGCUGUCAAGCAGAUUUCCGACUUUCCAGUGCUAUGGUGAUUCUCUAG